UUAACUAUUCAAACUAGUUCCAAAAUUGUACAUUCACCAAUAUCAACAAAGAAAGAGACAAAGUCAAGUACACAAAAAUCCACAAUAAAUAUAAACAUGGAAGAACAGUUGGAACGUCUUAAGGAAGAGUUAGCGAGUCUAUCUGGUAUAAAGGAAUGUGUGGCACAGUUACAAAAUCAACAAACACGAAAUGACGAAUUAGCCCGAGAAAUUCAAAUAUUGAAGAAUCAAAAUCGAGAACAGCGGGAAAUGCUCGAAACAAUUCGUCCUCGGCAGACACAAACAGUAAAUAAUGAUGAAACGUUGGUAAGUGGAUUGGUAGCAAGUUUACAAAGGACACAUAUCGAUGUAAAUAUUCCUGAAUUUUUUGACGAAGAGAGUUCAAAUCCAAUAGAAUUCUUAGAUAAUAUGGAAAGCUAUUUUAAUUUAAAAAAUAUUGUUGGUCAAUGGAAAUUAGGAAUUAUAGAGAAUAAAUUGAGAGGCAGAGCUAAGUUAUGGUGGAGUUCGAUCAAACACCAGAUUGAAAGUUAUGAUGCGUUUGAACGAACAUUUCUGGAAAAAUUUUACUCUAUUCCCAUACAAGUUAAGGCAAAAAAUAGGUGGAGUUCUCGAAAAUACAAAUCACAAGAUGGAUCAUUACAAAUGUAUUUUUUCAAGCAAAUUGUUGAAGCCAAAUAUUUUACUCCGAAAUUAGAUGUUUUUGAAGUCAAUUACACCAUUAUACAACAGUUGCCAAACAGAAUUCGUGAUAUAUUAGCAACAGUAAAUUUUUCUGAUACCAAACAAAUAGAACAGACAUUAUCACAAUUGGACAGUACAUAUCAAGAGCGAGAGAAUGAAAAACGUCAAAAUCAAAAUAGCAGUAAUCCGAUAAAUCAAUCUCAAAAUUUUAGAAAUACAACGUAUAAAUAUAAUGAUAGCCAAUAUAUAAAUUAUCAACCCGCUAAUAACCAAAUUGGUCCACAAUCUCAGAUCAAUUAUCAGAAUUAUAGCCAUAACAAUUCGCAAGUUGCAAAUACAGGCAAUGUGAUGACAAAUGGGCAAAGUCCGAAUAAUUUUUCAGCGUCUACAAAUAAUCAUAUAAUAUUACCUAAUCUAAGAUAUCCACCACCUCCAUUAUUAAGUACACAUCAUCAAGUCGUAGGAAAACAAGGCGUUGAUAACGUGAUAAAUACAAAUUUAAAGUAAAUAACAACGCGCUGCGAUUGGGUCCCGCAUCGUGUUGUGACUAUGUAAAUCUAGCUGAGGACCUUGUAGGUGAUAUUGACGAUAAUCCGUAUGUACCAAAAACUCAUGAUACAGAACACCACUUAUUC